AUGGCUCUUUCCAGUCUUUUUGUAUGCGCCUCGCUUUUUACAGCAAUCUUUGCCCCGUUAGCCGCUACCACUCCUCUCGCAUCGAUACAGAAGCGUGAUGUAUCUCGUAACGGCGAGCCAGGCCUGGUAGGCAUGGGUGAAACCUAUUACCCCCGAGUCACCAAACUCAAGGAUGGAUCGCUUCUGAGCUGCCGUACAUCAAUGGAGGGCAGCAACUCGGUGAUCCGAACCGCCAGAUCCACCAACGGCGGUUGGGACUGGACCGACGUGGGAUCCAUAGCUUCCGGCCCUCGCGCAACCGGGGAUCUGGACAACUGCUUUCUCCACCAACUCCCCAGCGGCCGUGUUCUGGCCGCAUUCCGCAACCACGAUGUCAGCAACUCCCAAUGGACUUACUAUCGACUUAUUGUCUCCUACUCUGACAACAACGGAAACGACUGGACCUUCCUGUCCAUGCCGAGGGAGAGCGGUACCAAGGGGCUCGGGAUCUGGGAACCCUUCAUGAUGGAUGCCCAGGACGGGUCUCUCAUGUUUUACUAUUCCCGUGAGACAAACACAGCCGGAACCGACCAAGACAGAAUCCUCAUCCGAAGCUACGAUGGCGGCAAGAGCUGGACUGGUGAUCAGACAAUCUCGGGUUCUGGGAUCACCAGUCGUGAUGGCAUGCUCGGUGUUGUCCGAACUGGAGGCUCGAACCUGAUUGCAGUCUUUGAAACCAUGGCUCCCGACAUUGGCAUUCACUCUGUCACAUCUUCAGACGACGGAGCGACCUGGGGGAACCGCCGGCUUGUGUAUAAGAGCAGUGUCGGCGGUGCGACGCAUGGCGCUCCCCAAGUGGCACUCGUAGGCUCCAAACUGGUGACCAGCUUUCAGACGAAUGAAGAUAAUGCUUCGAACUUCGCCAUCAAGGUUGUCACUAGCACGAACGGGGGUGCCAGCUGGGGAGAGAAGACGACGGUAUUGGACUUGUGCGAAUGGGCGGGCAUGGCGACGGUAGACAGCGGCCACGUGGUUGUGGUGUGCUCGUUGAGCGUGCAACCUACCAGUAGCAGAUAUUCCCUUUCUCAGAUCAUGAAUGUCUCUUGA